GUUUAGCGUGGCACUGGGAGGCCAGGCCUGCGGGAGCCGGGUGGUGGUCCGUUAGUGGCGUUGGGCUGCGGCCCCGGCGGUUGCACUUUCUGUUUAGCUCACCGGCAGCUACUCAGGCUGGAGGCCAGCCAGCUCUUGCCGCCGCCUCGGUCGCGAUGGGGGCGCAGGACCGGCCGCAGUGCCACUUCGACAUCGAGAUCAACCGGGAACCGGUUGGUCGUAUUAUGUUUCAGCUCUUCUCAGACAUAUGUCCAAAAACAUGCAAAAACUUCCUUUGCCUAUGCUCAGGGGAGAAAGGCCUUGGGAAAACAACUGGGAAGAAGUUAUGUUAUAAAGGUUCUACAUUCCAUCGUGUGGUUAAAAACUUUAUGAUUCAGGGUGGGGACUUCAGUGAAGGUAAUGGAAAAGGUGGAGAAUCAAUUUAUGGUGGAUAUUUUAAAGAUGAAAACUUUAUUCUCAAACAUGACAGAGCGUUCCUUUUGUCAAUGGCAAAUCGAGGGAAACAUACCAAUGGUUCCCAGUUUUUCAUAAAGAGUGUUACACCGUGCGCUCCAAAGAGUUGCUGUGAGUGGCAGAGCUUCACCUUAGUACCACAAAACCUGCUCCGCACCUGGAUGGGGUCCAUGUUGUCUUUGGACUAGUUAUUUCCGGUUUUGAAGUAAUUGAACAAAUUGAAAAUCUGAAAACUGAUGCUGCAAGUAGGCCUUAUGCAGAUGUGCGAGUUAUU